GAUAGCGGGUUCGCGGAUACCCGACGGAUAGCGGGUAUCCGCGAGUGGUGGGUUUGGAUACCAUUUGAUAUCCAUGGAUAGUUUCGUGGUUAAAAACCAUUAUCCAUUUAGUUUGUGGGUAUGGGUAUAGAUAGUCACUAUCCGUACCCGUCGUACUCGAUUAUUCGUGGAACGGAGGGAACUCGUAUUUAUGUUUUGGUUUCAUUUAUCUUAGUUGUCCUUUUUUCCCGAAGCAGGGAUGACUUCAAAUCAUUGGCUGUUUCUUAGCAAAUCAAAUUACAGUGUCUUUUCUCUGGAUUCAAUUUGAAGGCAUCAUAGGGGCAUAGGAGUAAUUUUCCAAAAGGUGAACGGGCGGAUAGCAAAUCAAAAAGUGCAGCACCACUGCUGUUAGACCUUCGUCGUCGUCAUUUUUCUUCCGUUGGAAGCUCCCUGAUUUUCCAGACAUCGACAACGCAACUGACCGUUAUCUCUAUACCAGCUCCCAUCACUUGAAGAAGCUACAAAGUCAGCAUAGGCUGCUCACGUGGUGUCUAUUUUUCAUUCUUAUCACGUACUUUUUCAUGUUGAGGUAUCAGGUAAUGGCAACAGAGGAAGAUGUUGGCGUGCCAGAUUUGAAAUCACAGUUGGCCAAUGCACAGACCCACUGGAAGCAGGAGAUGGGAAGAAGCCAGUCUCAAGUGGACGCAUUGCAAGAGAAGCUUACGGAGGUAAAGGCUUGUAUACAAGGCUCUGAAGCAGAUGCUAAGAAGGAGCUGAAAGUUCUCUGGCAUAGAGUCAAAACAUCUGCAACAUUGUUGACAUACUUGAAAUCGAAAGCCAGAAUUAUGGCCGUUCCUCAUUUGGCUCAUACCUCUUGUGGUAUCAAACAAUUGGAGGGUGUGGGCCUUGUUGAUAAGAAUGGUGUGCCGUUGUCUGGAUGGUCAAGGAACGUAGAUACUUCUUCUUUUGACAGUGCAGAUGAGGAAACAUGGACAGCACUUAGCAGUCAGGAUGGUACUCUUGAUGAACAAGAUGGAGUUUACAUUAGCGAAUUACUCAAAAGUGUACAAAUGGUUACUGAUGUAAUGGAAACUCUCGUGAAGAGAGCUAUCAUGGCAGAAUCUGAAAUGGUUACCGAGAAGGAAAAGGUAACAGUAGGACAGGAAGAAAUUAAAAAGAAGGCAGUUCAAAUUGAGAACAUGUCAGUAAAAUUAGAGGAGAUGGAGCAAUUUGCAAUGGGUACAAAUAGUAUUUUGAAUGAGAUGAGACAGAGGGUAGAAGAUUUGGUUGAAGAAACUUCUAGACAAAGACAAAGAGCUGCUGAGAAUGAGCAGGAGCUUUGCCGUGUUAAGCAAGACUUUGAAUCCCUGAAAUCUUAUGUCAGUACUCUGAUUAGUGUUAGGGAAACACUUCUUUCAUCAGAGAAGCAAUUUCAGUCAAUUGAAAAGCACUUUGAACGGCUUGUGGAAAAAACAUCGCAAUUGGAAAAUGAGAAGAUGCUGAAGGAAGUUGAGGUCCAGAAACUUAUGGAAGAGAAUAUGAGACUGAGUGUUCUACUGGACAAGAAAGAGGCCCAACUCGUGGCCAUGAACGAGCAAUGCAAGGUUAUGGCACUGAACGCUUCCAAUAUAUAAUUUGACAUCCUUAACUCAUUUGAUAGAGCUGCCAUUCUUCUGCAAACCCGAUCACGUGGUGUAGCUCUCUCCUGCAUACUGACGAAAGUAUAUUGCUUGAGUUUGACAUUCACUUUCCAUUUUCAAAUUGCCAUAGGAUGGAACUUGUACUCCCUAUCUUGUUGUAUUUUCUUAUUUGAGAAGUCUUCAGUUGAUUGAAUGUAAAGCCUGUACUGUUGAGACCUUUUCCAUUCUGCUGAGUGCAGUAUGUGUUUAUCCUGCCAUCUCAUUAUUUUUCUUCCUCA